UGCCGGCGGCAGUGAUGAGUUGUAGGAGGAGCUGGCUCCUCGGCGGCUCUGAGGAGCGGCUGCUGCUGCUGCUGCUGGCCUCCUUGCAGGUUUUUCCCCAGAGCAGUCAUAAGCUGAGCCCUCCUUCACACUCACCUUGUGUGCAUUUUAUGAAACGACUGCCUGGGUUUGGAAGAACAAGUUGUGACUGGAGAUGGUCCUGUGAAGUGAAGCCAAGUGAGCCUGGAUACUCCAACCCAGACUCUGAAGUCUCCAUGAUGUAUUGCUGUCAUUGAGUAUUGGCCUACCUGAAAGUGCUAGGGAAGCUCCGCCAUCAGGAUGUCCAAGUACAAACUGAUUAUGUUAAGACAUGGAGAGGGUGCUUGGAAUAAAGAGAAUCGUUUUUGUAGCUGGGUGGAUCAGAAACUGAACAGUGAAGGAAUGGAGGAGGCUCGGAACUGUGGAAAGCAACUCAAAGCGCUAAAUUUGGAGUUCGAUCUCGUAUUCACAUCCAUCCUUAAUCGGUCCAUCCACACGGCCUGGCUGAUCCUGGAAGAGCUGGGGCAGGAGUGGGUUCCGGUGGAAAGCUCCUGGCGUCUAAAUGAACGUCACUAUGGAGCUUUGAUCGGCCUCAACAGGGAGCAGAUGGCUUUGAAUCAUGGUGAAGAACAAGUGAGGCUCUGGAGAAGAAGCUACAAUGUGACCCCACCACCCAUUGAGGAAUCGCACCCUUUCUACCAUGAAAUCUACAAUGACCGGAGGUAUAAAGUGUGCGACGUUCCUGUGGAUCAGCUGCCCCGAUCUGAAAGCUUAAAGGAUGUUCUGGAGAGACUCCUUCCCUUUUGGAACGAAAGGAUUGCUCCUGAAGUAUUAAGUGGCAAAACCGUUCUGAUAUCCGCUCAUGGAAAUAGCAGCAGAGCUCUCCUGAAGCAUCUGGAAGGUAUCUCUGAUGAAGACAUUAUCAAUAUUACUUUACCCACUGGAGUCCCCAUUCUCCUGGAACUGGAUGAGAACCUGCAUGCUGUUGGGCCCCACCAGUUCCUGGGCGACCAAGAAGCUAUCCAAGCUGCCAUUAAGAAAAUAGAUGAUCAAGGAAAAGUGAAAAAACGAGCUGAAAAAUGAAGGCUUUCCCAAUUGCUGGCUAGGAAUAGCUGCAAAAGAAGUAGCAUGCAGUGUUUGAUGGGUGCUGAUCUCUCUCUCUUUUUUUCCCCCCUGUUUUUCCAGAACUGGGCUAUGGGGUAGAGUUUAUAUAGGUAACUGCGUAACUUAUGUUGCUCAGAUAAAGGCUGUAGGAUGCCUGAGUAGGCACGAGUACUCACUAGGCAUGAGUAGGAUGAACUCUCCUGCUAGUCCUAUUUGAGUUAGUCAUUUGUGGGGCUAAUUAGUAACCAGCAGGGCUUAAUCAAUGUCCUAAAUAUCCAAGAUAGGAGAGUAACAAGUAGAGGUGAAGUUUAAGGUAUUCAUCAUUCAAUACAUCAUUACUGAGUCACUAUUGAGAGACACUACUUAUUCUAGUAAGUAGUUUACGUUUAUAUUUACUAAGACUUUCUGGGAUGAUAGUAAGGUAUAUUAGAAAUAUACUCUACUUAAGUAUUUAUUAUCAGGCUUCUCCUCUGGGAAAAGGGAUGCUUUUCCAGUUAAAACCAGAGGCCCAUUAAAUGGGGGAAAUCAUAUAUGGGUUUCUUCAAGAAAGCCAACAACAAACGAUAAGGCCCUUUGCCUUGUCUCUAGUCCAGAGACAUCCUUUCUUUGACAUUUGGAAGGAUUGCCCUUUGGCUGCUAGAAUUAGCAGCAUGGACACAGCCCUAGCUAUUUGUGUUCUCCUUUUGUUUCGUUCUGUUAAACUUCAAUCUUUGGGUACUUAAAAUUGGUUUAAAAAUAAAGGUCUGUGACCAAAAAAUGAAUAUCCCCAAAGCAUCUCCAUAUAUGUAUAAACAUUAAGCAAAGGCCUCUGAACUAGUCUUUGGCUCAGAAUCUUCCUGGGACACUCACAGAGUUGCACGGACACUCACAAUUCUCUACAAAUCGAACAUCCAGGUCCGAGGGAAGGUAGAAUAUAGUGCACGUAAUUUAUUCACAUGAGCAGGGAAAAUAUGGUACAUUGGGGCUUGUCAUGUACAUGAAUUGUUCACCAGCUGAGAGCAAACAAUUAUGGUACAUAACAUAGAGCAGCAUGGGUAGGCCAUGAGCAGACAGGAUUCUCAAUCUCAAUGACCCUGUUUUCUAGAUCAUAUUUUUAAACGUCAUGGGUACGCAAGUCCUCUUUCUUUAAACUCUUGCCUUAUUUCAAGGCAGGUGACCUGUAGUUCAGUGAUAAAGUCAUGUGGGAAAAAUUGUAGCUAUUUAUCAGUUUUUCAUGGUUUUUUCCUUUGGCAGACUAAUCUGUUUGUAUCCGUUUGGUGGUAAAUGGCCAUAGAAGAAAACUAAUUUAGAACCCUCGCUACUGCUUGGUCUUCAUUUAGUCCUUACAGUAGGACUCUUCCCGCACUGGCAAUGAACAUGGCUGGGAAGAAAAGCUGGACUGUGGAUGCUUUACGUUUCUGACCCACUCGUGGUGUCUACUGUAGCCCUUCAUUUUAAUCCAGUUGCUUAACCAGUGAUACUCUUUAGAAUUCAGAGAUCAGAUCUUCCUAGAAUACCAUUCUUUAACCGUUUCAUCUCUGGAACUGACCUCUGAAUUUUCUAACCCAACCGGUGACCAUAUCUUAAUGCGGCUCGAGACCCUAGAGUUGGAGUCUUCCCUUGUCCUGCCGCGAGAUGUUCACUCCCAGGGUACCCCCUGGCCCGAUGAAAUACUUCUACACACAAAGCUACACUCACAACCAGGAAGUUGGGAAUCUUGCCGAUUUCCUCCGAUAGGGUUUAUUUUUGCCCACACUUUUCUGCUAUAAUUUGGCUUAUUGUUUUUGAGAUCUUGGCUGAAAUAAAUAAGACAUUUCUGAAAACCUCAUGUAAAAAUUUUUUUUUUUUUAAGAUUCUAUUUUUUAAGUAAUCUCUACUCCCUGCACGGCCCUGGAACUCACAACCUCAAGUCACACAGUCUACCAACUGAGCCAGCCAGGCGCCUCAUUUUUUUUUUUUUUAAACAUGCAAAAUUAUUUCUAACAACUCCAACAGUUCAACCUUAGACCGCCUGAUAUUCCUGUUUUCUUCACAUGCUUUACAAGAUAUCCAGAAUUUUUGAUGUAGAAAUCUUGAAGACUGAAACCUGCGUCCUAAUCUUGGCAUCCUUCUGUUCUCUGUGAAGUUGGGACAAAAAGAGGGGGAAUUUUUUUUUUUUAUUAAGAAAGUGGUAGAUAGCCUGUCUAGAAAUUUGGCCAUUAGAGAGGGCACACCGUCCUGCUGCCCAGUUGGGCUAGUCCUGGACCCAGCGAGACAUUUGUCCUCUGCCCAGGCUGAAAUAAUUGUCCCAGUGUGGAACGAGUGUGAUAAGAUGAGGGCAAGAGCAAGGUGCUCCUCCUGGAGUUUUAACUUUUAAAUAUCUCAGACAAGCACCAUAUCCCAGUACACCACGAAUUCCUUUUUCCCAAAGAGCAGGAGUUCUCCAGAAAAAUGGAGGUUGGCGUGUCAUCUAACACUGGAGCCCCGACAACAAAGCAUCCCUGGAGGAGAAUACAUCCGUGUCCUACAUUUUUCUUCGCUAAGAUGUGCAAGAAAGAUGUCUAAAUGCAAUCUCAACGCGAUGGUUUCGCCUGAGACUUGUAGGCCAUUUCUCGUGUGGGAGCACGAUCGCUUUUAUUUGAAUGCUGUUACUGCACGUGCACAGGAAUGGUGGUGGUUAUUGGUCCUCUGGUCUGGGAAGCCUCCCCGUGCUCUAAAGAUUUUCGGGGGUGGGAGUGAUGGGUGGGAUUUAUUUAUGUAUUUAUGUAAGUAUUUAUUUUUGGGUCCGCGCAUGAGCCUGUUAAAACCAACCUCCAGGAAGCAGCACUUGGACAGCUUGGUGGCCAAACACAGAAAGCUGACUGGUCAUGUUGCCACCCCAAGGGAAGAGAGAAGAAAAGGGUCAAAUAUUUCCCCACUCCUUCUUUCAUGUAGUUACAGUUUUUUUUUCUUCUCUGACCCUUCACCACUUUUGUCAGAAUGGGCUAGGGGAAGCAUUUUUCCUAGACAGAGAUUUUUGUCAUUCCCUGGUGUCAUGUUUAAUUCAUUUGCUUGCUUUUACAAGCCACAGUCUCUUCAAAGUUCCGCUUCCCUGGUACCCGACAAGCCUUCCUUAGGUUCUUCUUCCCUCAGAAACAUAUCGAAUUGCCUCAAUGUUGCGGUUCCUGAUGACGUUUCCUGCUUUUGUGUUUUGCAUAAUUGAAUUUUGCAAGUGUUUGGCGGACGGGUAUAAUACCGUUUGUAGUAUUAAAUCAUGGCUCACCUUGCAAGCAGAUCUGGCUAUGGCCUGAGAGUCUAACACAAUGGACUAUGAAGGGAAUUUAAACCACCGAUUCCAAGAGGAAAAAUGAAACAUCCAAAAUAUUAGAAUAUUUUAAUCCUUCAGUCUCCCUCUGAUGACAAAGUUAGUUGGCCAAGUGAUAGGGAGAAUGAAAGUCACUCUUUUUCCACGGGUUGUCACGUUUUAUUUACUGGAGGAUAAUCUGGCUGCAUAGUCUAGCCUUUAAGACACUGGGAUCUUAAGUUGCCAAAAUAAAUUUUGACUUUCUUGGACAAUGUUCUAGAGGUAAGCUAGAGUGUCACCUUCUCUUCCUACGUAUCCAUAAUACAGCCACAGAGCUCUUGCUUUUUAAAAUCAGAGCUGGCCAUUUAAGCUUCCACUUACUCUGAUUUGGCAGGAAUACAUUUUUAAAAAGUCAUCUAAAAAAUCUUCUUAAUAUAAAAAGCUUUAAAGAGCCACAAAAACAGAGACUAUAAAUAGCACGAAGAACAUUCCUAUGCCCGUCUAGCCCCCAACUGCCACCUCAUUCACUUAUGACCCCUGUUCUAUAUAGCUCCCCUCUCUCUUCCCUGGCCUGCACUGGAUUAUUCUGGAAUAAAUGCCAAACAUCAAGCGGGAUAGAUUCCAAAAAGGAAAACAACUUAAAUAGUCUUUGCACAGUUAGAAUGGAAGCAUCAGUAUUCUGUUUUGAACUUUGCCUUUUCUUGGUACUUCCAGAGAAACCUCACGGCAGCCUUUGCCAAGUUGUCCAAUUUGAGUCUUGGCUGGUAUACAGUCUGUAUUCCCUCUGGUUGCUGUCUGGAGACCUGUUAGUCUGUUACGUGUGAUUUCUGCUGAAUAAUGCGAGAUGAUUUGGGGACUCUGAUGAUAAAUUCAACUGUUUUAAAGAUGAAAAUGUUCCUGAGACUAUUUUAAAUAAUUCUGAAACCAACUGCAUAGGUUUAAGAAAUGAGUAAAUUUGUUGUUCUUGUAAAUCAGGUUACUCACUAUGGGAGAAGGGAGAUAGAACAAGGAAGCAGAUGAAGAAGAAUGCUGUUUUAUCAGUUUUGAACUGGAGCUAUGUAUAUGAAUGUGUGUGUGUGUGUGUGUUUUCCCUCCCUAACACCACCUCCUCUCACCCCCAGCUCUGUCCCUAUCCUCUGAAAUGACCUAGAAGCAGUAAUAUACUAGUAAUGAGCACACCUACAGUCCUGAGCUUGCUUUCUAAUUACUGUUCCAAAGAACCCGGGAUUGUUUGGGAAAAUGGUCAUUUCCAGGUUUGGGACAGAUAAAGUAGAGUCAGAAAAGGAAAAAAUGCCCGAAGACUGAUGGGACACAAAAGUUGGCUUCAAGUGCCGAAUUUGGGACAAUUUGCCAUUAAAGAAAAGAGUGAUGAUCAUGGAUUAUGGGACAUUUGUCUCAGUCUGCUCAAACUGCAGUAACAGAAAACCACAGGCAAGGUGGUUUAAAUGAGAGACAUAUGUCACAGUGCCAGAGACUGGGCACCAAAGAUCAAGGAACUGGGCAAUUUAGUGCCUGAUGAGAACCCUCCUGGUUUUCAGACAGAUGUCUUUUCGCUCUAGAGUGGAGGGGAGGGCGCUGGUCUCUUCCUCUUAUGAAGACAUUAAUCUCGUCAAGGGGGAGAUCGACCCUCACGACCUCGUGUAAAUCUAAGUACCUCCCAAAGGCCUUCCCUCCAAAUACCAUCACGUUGGGGAUCAGGGCCUCAAUAUUUGAACUCUAACUGAAUAUUUUAAUUAAAAGUUAUAAAGGACAUUUGGGGGCUGCAGAAUUUAAGGGUGAUGUGUCAUGUCUGCAACUCACAUUCAAAUGGUUUGGCCAACACAAUGUCGCUGUAUAUUUAGAGAGCGACAGAAAGCAAAUGCAGUAAAUGUUAUAAUCCAUAAACUGAGCAAAGAGUGUAUAAUGUACUAUUGUACUAUUCUUCCACCUUUUCUGUAGGUUUGAAUUUUUUCAAAAUGAAACCAGGAAAACUAAAGUGACAGGAGGAAAAAAAAAUGGACAAAGGAGCAGCUAAAACCAUCUCUGUAGUGACUGGAUAAAGGUGUCCUGCUUUCUGUGCAGUUUCACUCUUCCUGAAAUCUCAGGCCUUGUUAGGUAAGAGAGGAACUUCUCAGGUCUGUAUUGUCAAGAAACAAGUACCCUCAUUCUGUUCGGGGCUGCAGUUAGGCAUUACACCAACAAUUAGCUUUUCUGUUGAUAGAGCAAAUCACGAACAGUGUUGAUUGCCAUUCCCUUGUAGCCAAGCAAAGAGUAAAUGGAAUUUCUUCCACCUGAUGCAAAACCUUCUAGUUUAAUCUCCUUUAUUGCCUGAGGGUGCCAUUCCUUCUUACAGUCACCAUUUGGCUCCAAAACCAAUAUGUACUGUCUGGACCCAUGUUUCGUUGACCUUCCGCUUGGUGCAGCAGCAAGGUCACCAGUGUUCCUCGUGUCACUCAUCUCAGUGGCCUAGCCCCGCCCUGAAUCCAUGUGACUCUGAAGCAGCCUUGGUUUCUACCGUUCCUCGAAGCCUCCUCCUACUAAGACUGCUAAGGGUCAGAGGCCUGCAAGGACUUCUCACUGCCCAAACAACACACAAAUGGAUUGUGUUGGUACUUAAGAUGUGCCUUUUAUUUAUGUUGUGAUUGGCCACUGAAGGCUUUGUUUCACAAAACAAAGUUCGUGAAAAUAUCCUAUUUUUAUGAAGGAAGCCCUACCCCUCAAGACCAUUUUCUUGCUCAACCUGUUCAUUUAAUUCUUUGAACAGCCAAGUUUUUAAAGACUUCAGCAUAGCCCAGGAUGUGACACAAACACACCUCCAAAGAACUAAACCUAAUUUCCAGUCUGCAGAAUAGAGAUGCCCGAGAUUAACUUUAGCAACUGUUGGGCCAAGAUGUUAAGUGGUCACUUUCUCAAUAAGGCACCUGCAGCCUCAGAGUUGACUCAAGGAUUUUUCAUGAACUCACUCUAGCCACACAGCUACUGCGAAGGGAAUGUCCACCAACCCUGCUGCCUCGUGUCCACUUGCAAGGAAACCUCAUUUGACAUAACGUUGACCUCGGUGAGGGAUCAGAGGGUUAUUAGUAAAAUUAUUGCAUAAAACCUACCCUGUUAGUGAGAAGGUUCUUUGGAGUGAUUGAAACUGGACCUUGGAACAAAGAGGGUGAAGUGCAUCACAUAAUUAAGUGCCCAUUGGCCGCUUGAAUUGAGGCCCUUAAUCCAUUCUGACACGUGUUCUAUAGAAUGUCCAUUAGAGUUCUCCAGGCAGCUACUGGCCAUAGGUUAGCUGGUCAGCAUUUUAAUUUCUGAAGCACACUAGGAUUCUGAACUGGAUGGUAGGGAACGUGAUUUGUAGCAGAAUUCCAGGUACUCUCCUGGGAGAGUCUUGGUAUUUUUAUAAUCUUGAUUUUUUAAUCCUUAUUUAAUCUUUAUUUCUACACCCAGACACUGGGGGUCAGUAUUUGCUCAUAAAUGCCUCUGGAUUUGCCUACAAACCUAGUUCUGAUUAUUUACAAGAGGUCAUGGCGGAAGAGGCCUGGAAUGGAUUGUAGGAUCUCUCUCCCUGAUCAUGUAAGCGUAGAGCUCAGCGGAUGUAAACACGAAAUGUAAAUAGAGACCUCAGGGUCCCCCAUGGGAUUGUAACUUAGGAAAGAGACAUAAAUAAAUGCAAAUUUAGAUUUUUAAUCUAAAAUAUAAACUAAUACCAAGUCCUUGCUGGUUUCUGGAGUCUUGUUGGGGUCUGGCAACCGUGGUCCUGCCAACACACUCAGAUGCUCAGCCAGCAUCCUGGCCGUCACCCUAACUUUCCCUCUGAUCAGUUACAGAGUCCUGUUGAUUUUCUCUCCUCAUUCCUUUCAAAUCCAUCUCUUCUGUAUCCUCCCCGCUCAGGCUCUGGGUCACGUCCUCAGCUUUGCUCUCUUUAAACAUUUCAGACAUUGAGCUCCCUCCUUCUACUUUUACUCUUCUCCAGUCCUCUCCAAAAAUUUGUCGGAUGACUUUUCAAAAGUUCUGCCACACAGAA